CCAUUAUUUGUACUUGGACUAGCUGCUUAUCAGCGAGCAGCCUCGGAUUAUUACCUUGCGCAUCCCAGUCCUAACUUCUCAUUGUAGAACACUACUUCCCAGGCGCAGGUCGUGGUCAUUAUAGCCGUGUCACCAGCAGAUAGGGAUUUAUUCUCCCCGCAGAUAGGAUUUAUUCCCCUCAGUUGGAAAGCACAGCUGCUGUCGCUGUUAUUACCGGGUGUGCUAACAUGACCUCUCUAGCGCUUGCCCCUAUGCUGGGCUGGUCGCAGUCCAUAGUUUCCGGAGACAUCGCAGCGUGCGAUUCGCCGGGCAAACAGGGAACGCGAUCUUCCAGGUUCAGCGUACCUGUGCAGGCGGUUCAUCCGUCCCUCACAACCAGCAGCAACAACAGAUUCAAAGAAUCCCACGUUGCAUCGCAAUCCACGUCAGCAAGGCACACUUCAAUCAUUCCCACGUCAGCAAGGCAACCGUCAAUCAUCCCCACGCCAGAAUGGCAGCCUAUCGUUUCUUCCGCCGGAGAAGAGCAGCCGCUUCAGUCGCCUGCACCGCGAGUGGACGCCUCGGAGCGGAAGGGAGUCGCGAGGGACCCGCUGCUGCUGCGAGUGGCUCGUGGCGAAGAAGCGGAGCGUACUCCAGUGUGGCUGCUCCGCCAGUCAGGCCGUUAUCUUGAAGACUUCCGAAGGCUCUCUGAAGGCUAUUCCUUCAGGGAGCGUCUCGAGAACCCCGAGUUAGUGACGGAGCUGUCGCUGCUGCCGUGGCGAAAGUUCGCGACGGACGCGGUGGUCCUUCUAUCGGACGUGCUCGCCGUGCUGCCGGGCGUCGGGCUCGAGUUCGACAUGGUGCGAGGCAGAGGCGCUGUCGUCGCUACGCCCGUGCGAUCGCGAGAGGACCUUAUGAAACUACGGCCCUUGGACGAUCCCGACACGCAGCUGCCGUACCUCCGCCCCGUGCUCGCCGCCCUCCGGCGCGAAACAGCCGCCGCUGCCGCCGCCACCAGCAGCAGCAGUAGGGAUGGUAGCGGGCGCGACAGUAGCGGGGACAGGGACGGCGGGGCGGCGGUGAUGGGAUUCGUGGGGGCGCCGUGGAGUGUGGUGGCGCACGCGGUGGAGGGGCAGGCGGACCAGAACCUGUUUCUGACCAAGUUAAUGAUGAUGCACGAUCCGGAUCUUCUACACGACAUCCUUUCCUUCUUCGAAGACGCACUCGUGGCCCUCGCCAUUCACCAGAUCGACUGUGGCGCUCAGAUCAUCCAAGUGUUCGACUCGUGGGCGCACCACCUCUCCCCGCCGCAGUUCGCCGCCUUCUCUCUCCCCUACACCAACCGCCUCAUCACCCGCAUCCAGUCCGCGCGCCCGCACGCGCCCGUGCUCCUGCAGACCAUCGGCAGCACGGGCAAGCUGCACCUCAUAGCGGAAAACUGCCCGGCCAACAUCGUCGGGCUCGACUGGGGGUGCGACAUGAGUGAGGCGAGGCGGUUGUUCGGGGAGGGGGUGGUUUUGCAGGGGAACGUGGACCCCAUGGCCCUGCUGGGCCCGAGGGAGUACCUGACGGGUGCUGUUGCGGAGUGUAUUAGACAGGGGGGCGGGUCCCGGCAUGUGUUGAAUAUUGGGCAUGGGGUGGUGCAGGACACCCCGGAGGAAGCAGUGGCUCUCUUCUGCCAGCUGGCGAGGGAAGAGAGUGCGAGGUUCCGAGCCGGGAACGCUGCUGCCGAGCCUGUUUUCCGAGCCGGGUCUGUACCGAGCGAGGCAUAUGUCCCCGGCACGACCACUGCGGCGGCACAGGGAACAGAGCAAGCUGCCAGAGCAAUCUCUCCACCUGAGGCUUGUGCAGCAGGGAAAGGAGCUGACCAUGCCAGUCCUGCCGAUGCCAGCCAGGCUGCUUCUAGCGCUGCCAUCGCUGCCAUCCAUGCCACGUGGGGAGUGGGGGACACCAUGCCCCUGGGCGUGGCUGCUGCUGCUGCCUUCCCCUCGCUCUCAUCCGCCCUGCUGGCCUCAGCCCGCCACUCGUUGUCCUCACUGUCUAGCCCAUCCAGGAGGCGCCGUUACAAGUCAGGCUGCUAGUCAGGCUGCUUACAGCUUCCAGUGCUGCUGCCUUCCCUCCCUCUCACUCGCCCUGCUGGCCUCGGCCAGCUGCUGCUUCAAACCAGUCUGCUGAGCAGUGGCUAGGCCCACCCUGCUGGCUUCCGCCUGCCACUCGUUGCCACUACUGUCACGUUCAUCCAGGGCGCGCUGCUACAAGACUGGCUGCUGCAUACAGAGGCCAUUUUACUGUAAUGAGGCUUUGGCUCGCCACUCAUUAUUGUCACUUUCCAGCCAUCCAGGAGGCGGCUUCGCUACAAGACUGGCUGCUGAGUGGCAAUACAAUUUUGUUAUGGGGACCAUUGCUGGUCUGAGGCUCUGGUAUUUGUAGUAGAUUGUUGUGGGUUAUGUACAAUAUAUUUUAGUAGAAACUUGUUCAUUUUAGGUUCGGAACCACCUUGAUCCUAA